CGACUUUCACCAAUCGAGAGCAGAGCGAGGGAACCAAACCAUCAACGUUUUACGAGAAGAAUUAACACAUGUUGUCUGCUUACGCAAUUCCAUUUCAUCAUUCCAAUUUCACGUCCUGCUGUAAAUAAAUGUGGUGUGUGGCGUUACAGAAGAAUAGCAAUAAUGUACAACUUGAAUGGAAGGCGAGAACAAUAAACCAAGUUGUGGUACAGAAUGCUGGGUCGUCGGAUCUUGCUGCGCCCGUGUCGAAUGGCGAUAAUGAUGAUGGGUGGCGGGAAGAAGACGAUGUCGACAUGUCGGAUACCUUCCUCUGGCGGCUUGGCCCUUUUACCGUCCAACUUGACGAUUUGCGUAGAGGGGAACAUUGGAAGUGGCAAAACCACGUUUCUCCGACACUUUAAACAAUUUCCGGAGAUUUGUGUUUUGGAUGAACCAAUCUCAAAGUGGAGGGAUGUGAGAGGUCACAACUUGUUGGACUUGAUGUACAAAAAUCCAAGCAAGUGGAGCUUAUGUUUCCAAUCGUAUGUACAGUUGACCAUGCUGGAUCUUCACACAAAAGCGGUGACACAACCGUUCAAGAUGAUGGAGAGAUCAAUCUACAGUGCCAAAAACUGCUUCGUAAAAAAUCUGCACAACGAGGGGCUCAUGGAGGAUGCAGAAUAUACGGUUUUGACUGAAUGGUUUGACUUUGCUCGGGAAACAAUGCCCAUGAAAGUUGAUCUUAUAGUGUACUUGAGAACAGACCCCGAGGUUGCGUACAAACGAAUCGUCCAACGUGGUCGAUUUGAAGAAACUGCAAUCAAAAUGGAUUAUCUGCAAAGCAUCCAUAAUCUUCACGAAGACUGGCUGAUCAAUGAGAAGCACAACUUACCGUGUCCAGUGCUGACUCUUGAUGCAAAUCAUGAUCUCUCUAACAUGGCCCCAAACUACUCACUUUGUGAAGAGACUAUUUUUAGUAAACGAGUUGCUACUGCUGUGAACUGAAAAAAGUGCCUUGAAGUCGCAAAUGCCAUUUUCGUAUAUGUGAAUGUGAUUUCUUACAUUUUCUAUAAAAAGUUUCAUGUUUGAAUGCGAUUCAGAAUCUUUAUCUUCUUGAAGACAGACAGUGCUUAUAGUUUUAACUAGUGUUAAAUAGUUUAUUUAAUAAUCAAGUUUGUAUGCACCAAUAUAUAUAUAAAUGAUUUUAAGGUUUCUUUGAAAAUUAAUAACCACUGGGAUACCUUUAAAUACCAAAGGUGUCCGAAGUUAAGUAAGAUAAUACAGCUUUAAACAGUUAUGAAAAAAGCAAACAUCUAUGCUGUUUUGAAAUUGCAUGUAUAUUUUGUAAUAUAUUAAGAAUUAUAUUUCACUGCGUUACCAGCCUGUAUAACUUUUCUAAAACAUAGCUUCCUAAGUCGACUUACAAUGCAUGCAUCUUUUAUAUACCUGAUCCCUGUUAACAGCCCUACUUAAUAAAUUGUUCUUGUUAUUUUCCAUUGCAA